AUGACCACGCAGAACGGGUCGAUCGACGGAGAAGGAAAUAUGUCGCAGGUUCAUCUCCCGCUGCCCGUCACCGAAGAUGAGGUACAUCAAAUCGAGAGUUUUUUCCGCAGUCGACGGUCUCAUGUGUACGUCUGCCGUGGACUUGUAAACCUGUACGAGUCCUCGAUUGAGGACAUGGCCAAUUUAGCAGGAUGGGAUCUGGUCACGACGGGUGUACCGGCCCUGGUCUGGGAUAACAAUGAAACAUUGUUAACCAAAAGAACUCGCAGAUCACAGGCACAGAUUUGUAUUGCAGAGCGAGGGACCGGUUUUGUUCUGUGGAAGGACUGUGUCAGUGCAACAACAAAUUACAAAGCUCCUGAUAAGAGUUUUCAUACCAUGAAAGUUUCAAGCGACCAUAAAAAGUUGGCAGGACUGAGCUUCGACGAUGAACGGGCGGCUUCGGACCUUCUCCGGACGAUCCGAUCAUUAAUCGGUGCAUUGGAGGUGGAACAAACAAUCAGCAAGAAAAAAUUGAGAAAUGUGCCAAAAACGCCGAAAUUGCCCAAAAAGUCGGAUAUUUCGCUGCCAUGUUGUUUUGAACACAUAACCAGCCUGGAGACUGCUGAUCGGGAUCAUAUUAUCACCUUGGCAACGCUGGUACCCGAGAAGAAGAAUGGGUGUAGUGACGUCAAGCGAUUCAGAUCUGUGACGCUUAGACGGUAA